AUGCCGUCAUCACUCACGACAGCACAGCAACCACCACAUCCGAAUUCAACCAACACAAUCUCACACUGCCUGCAAACAUGUCCAGCUGUGCUUUUUUUGGGAUUGUUUAGCGGCGCUAUAUAUGGAGCAAUGGUAUUAAGCAAACAAUUUUCGGGGGCCAUCGAGUCCACCAAAGAUGGACUCAAGAAACGUGGAUUGGACAUUACUGAGAACGGAUUGUCCGUGAAGACCGAGAAGCGGUUGGAGCGGGAUGAUUAUAUUGAUGGUACUGGGCGUUAUGGGACCGUUUCAUUUCGAAACCUCGUCGACGCACUGAAAGUUGCCUCGUUUGGCUCUCCUGAAAACCAGCGUGCUGCAGUUCCAGAUACCAUUGGCCAGGGGUAUGCUCCUCCUGGUACUCGCCACCGUGCGAGUUUGAGCAAGAAGCACUAG